CCUCUCGAGUUGCACGCGCCACUUACGGCAUUGAAUGCAACGCUCUAUACAGCUCGAGUAUCUUGCUGAAGGGAAAUCAAGUAUCUGAGCUGCGCGAAUUCCAGAGGUCUUUCCAUACUACCCGAACAUCACUUGCUGCAUGUAAGAUUGAAAGCACGGACAUAUUGUGCUACAAGGGUGCGCUCCAAGAGCCGCAGUGGUUGGACGUUGAACAGUGUAUGCCCGCAGGUGGUCAACCUCAUGUCGAUUAUCAGAAACUCUCCGUUCCAAGCGGUUCUGCCCCUCCCCCUUCUGCACUCCUCACCGCACGUGUCAUCGAAAAUCUCAGCGAGGUUGCGUACCCCGAAGGCAUCAAGGGCCCGAGGGUUGAGCUCAAUGUGAACGUCAAGGAUGACCGAUUCAGAUACGACCGUGACUUUCUUAUGCAGUUCAUGCACAUUUGCAAGGAGAAGCCGCCUACCCUUCCUGCUCUCGAUGUCCUUGGCAUUGAACCCGUCGAUCAAGUUUCGUUUCCCAUGGCUCGCGGUGGCUCUGGACGUCAUCGCAACGCCUCUGGUGCAAUGCCCGCGUCUGCUAAUCGCCAGGCUUCUGUAGAUCUGGGUAUCGGCGGUUUCCAGAAACCCUCGAUUCCAAGCGGUUUCCAGAUGGGCGACUUCCAGUCCCCAGGAAACAAACUUACCAGCGAGGAGCAGUUUGCCAUAUCCAAUACCCGUUCUGCUUCAACUAGCGGUACUUCCUCAUUCCGUUCCCCGAUGGUGCGCACACCUAGCACAGGUGGGGGGCAUCCCAUGCAUGGCACCGCUGGCAACCACAUACGCAGUAAACGCGGUGAGAGGCGUGGCGAUGCAAACAAGACACCGAUGUCCCAGGAAGAGCAUAGUUCUGGCUUUGGCGCUGGGUUCGAGCCUGUUGCACCUCUCGAAUUGUUUGUUAACUGUUGGGUCCCUACGAGUACGGCCCGCAAGGUUCAACCUGAUGUUGAUUCACCUGAGCUGGUCGACCGUAAGGUCAAGGGGCUGCUCAACAAGCUCACGAUGGAGAAAUUUCAGACAAUUUCAGACCAGAUCAUCCACUGGGCCAACAAGAACGUGAAUGAGAGGGAUGGUCGGACGCUCAUCCAAGUCAUCCGGCUGGUGUUCGAGAAGGCGACUGAUGAGGCUGCUUGGAGCGAGAUGUACGCGCGGCUGUGUCGGAAGAUGAUGGAGCAGAUCAGUCCUGAGGUUCAGGAUAAUGGGAUCAAGAACACAGAGGGCAAGCCUAUUGCUGGCGGACAGUUGUUCCGGAAGUAUCUCCUCAACCGGUGUCAAGAGGACUUUGAGCGCGAGUGGUUCGCCAAGGAAGCCGCUGCGGCCAAGGCUUCCGACGAUCAUGCAACCAAGACUGCUCACAAGAAGAUUGGCACGAAUGAAGCUGAGCUCUGUUUCGAGGAGUACUACGCUGCAGAGAAGGCCCGACGUCAGUGUCUUGGUCUGAUCAAGUUCAUCGGUGAGUUGUUUAAGUUGCAGAUGCUCACGGAACGUAUCAUGCACGUGUGUGUGAAGAAGCUGUUGGGCAACGUCGAGAACCCCGAGGAAGAGGAGAUUGAGAGCUUGUGUCAGCUGUUGAAGACGGUUGGCCAGUUGCUUGACACGCCGAAAGCCCGCGCGCAUAUGGAUGUUUACUUCACGCGCAUGAAGGAGCUCGGCAAGAGCCUCAACGUCAGCUCUCGCAUGCAGUUCAUGCUUCAGGGCGUCAUUGGGUUGCGUGAUCGCAAAUGGGUCAGCCGGAAUACCGUUGCUGCGCCUACGACGAUCGCUGCUGUUCACGAGCUGACCGCUAAGGAGAAAGCAGCUGCAGAGAAGGAGUCCUUCAACCGUCAGAUAAGCAUGUCUCGCGGUGGAUCUCGACGCGGCGACAGCCGGAACCAAGAACACCGUCCUGACGGCUGGGCUGUUGCCGGCGGCAGCUCUGUUCCACGGGCGCCUCCCAAGGCUGGUGAUCUGUCACAGUUCGGAAAAAUCAGCAAGGGGCCAGCCAUGACAAUGGUAAUGGGUCCAAGCGGCGUCUUCGCAGCCGGCAAGAAGGACAGCAAACGGGAGACACUUUCGCGGACGAAUUCGAGCUCGAACAUGUUCCAUAUGCUCAGUCAAAACCCUGAACUUGCCGCCGAGCCGUCCACGAAGCCCAGUCGCUCGUCAAGACUCAAGCCGGGCGUCGAUCUCGGUCAUGCUGGUAUUCCUGAGUCCACUGUACAGCGCAGGAAGCUCCAGCUCCUUCCACGGUCUGUUCUUGCUAGUGGAGAGAACGCCACGACUCUUUCGGAAGAAGAACCUGAAAGUGCACUUACCGCCAUGUCAGAAGCAGACGUCAAGAAGAAGAUUGAUGAAGAUGUGAAAGAGUUCUUUGCUGUUCGCAAUCUUCAAGAGGCGGAGGUUUACUUCACCAAUCUUCCUGACGAGCACCGUUUCCGGCUCGUGGACAAGCUGGUUGCGUCCGCGCUCGAGAGCAAGGAGGCGGAUGCGAAGUUGGUCGGUGAUUUCUUCGCGCAGGCUACGAGUAGUGGACAGUGUACGCUCGAGGUCAUUGAGGAGGGGUUCAUGCCCAUGGCGGAGGUUUUGGACGAUACUGUUAUCGAUGCUCCCAAGGCGUUUGAUUAUAUGGCUAUCAUGCUCAGGGGUGCUGGGUUCCAGAAUGAGCCUGAAAGACUGCACCGGAUCGCUUGGAAGCUCGAGGACAGCUACAAGCUAGUCUCUCUUGUGGUUUGAUCUGCCCCACUCGCAUCUAACGUUUUCGAUACAUUUUCUUACAUCCUCAUUGCAUUUCUGUU